AUGAAGUUUUUAGUAAAUAAAAAUGUUGAAGAUUUGGUAGAUGUUGAAAAUGAUGAAUGUGAAAAAUCCUGGAUUAAUGAUUCAAAAUCUGGAAUUAAUAAUUCAGUACUAUUAGAUAAUUAUGAAUAUGAAAAACUGAGAUUAAUGAUUUGA